GGAUCAGUUGCUGAGGAUGGAGAUUUUUUUACCAGUGACGGUGGAGCACUUGAAUCUGUGACUGUAACUAUUCCAAUAGUUUUUGAGUAAGGCAACCGUGGCAGUCAUAUACAAUACGAAAACCGUCUCGCUUCUUCUCGUAAGUCUGAGUCUGACGCGUGUCUGUGUAAUCAAGCUAACCUCCUUUCACGUCGAACAAUUGUUGCAAGCUACUUUUCAUUGUUGCAAGCGCUAAUUACUGCCAUGGCCACAGUUCCACCGCGGGUGCUGCUGGCCCACAAUGGCGCCGCUCUUGAGGGCGGCUUUGAGCUGUUGAAGUAUCCGCACCCCGUAGACGAGUCGAAGUGCGGGACUUUUGCGCACACGGGGGAUGCGCUGUACGAACUGCAGACCAUGGGGCGAAAGCGACAGGUAACAAUUGUAAGUUUGUCGUUACGCUGUUUUCUUGUGAUGUACGCAACAGGAAGAUGCGAUCUGUUUUCUGCAGCUGUACAACGCGCAGUGCCAGGCGCUGCAUUCAGUCUCAUCGGAAGUGUCAUAACGCAGUUGCCGUCAAACUUCUCAAAAACAAACGUUUUAACUUGCAUACUCUGUCACAGGGCUCUUUUUUUGUUGGCGACGAGGUUGUGAAAAAAGACUCUUUCUACGUAGCGACUUUCUUCGAUCCGCUCUUUCUCAUCGUGCCGCUGCUCGCCAAAGCAAAGCAAGCCGAGAGUACGGAGGGGUACAAGAUGGAGGAAGUCUCGACGCUGGUUGAGGACCCGGUUCUCAGAAGGUUCUGCACAAAAACGGCGAAAGAAGUCUACCGACAUGCGCCGGCAGGAUUAGGAUCAGCGAAGGCAGCGUUGGAAAGUAACGGAUCGUCUGUUUCGGAGACGGAGCCAGCGGCUAAGGAGGGUGGUGUAGUAACAGGAAAAGAUGACCAGGGGGAAGAAGGCCAGAGCCUGCUGGAUCUUGUUUGCGAAACACGGGAAAUUAUGGACCGGCAGUUCGCCCGACUGGAUGUCACUGGGAGGUACUCGAAGUAUUUGCAGAAAAAGCUCGUAAAAACCGCACGAGCUGUGAUUGCCGCGGGAAGACAAAACUACAUCCCAGAAUGCUGUUUCCGGCGCUCGACACUCGAGACGGUAGAGUUUCAGGUUGACCCGGCGGCCGCACUGGAGCUUGCUGCGGAUUUUCUGGACGGAUAUUUGCUACCGGCACACCAGGAACUGCUCCGGCCAAAGACGACGAGCGGUGGCGCUGGAGAGAAAAAUGCCAGCUGCAACGGCGGUGAAGUUUUCAUACCAGUUGCAAGCCGAGUGCCGAUUGUUGAAAGGGCGAAAAAGGAGCUGUUGUCAACAUCUACUUCUUCUGACAACAAUUCUGGAACAUCAUCCGGGUCUUCUAGUACCAACGGUGGCGUAGCAGCUCCCGCUGCCGUAGAGCAGCCGAUGCAAAUCAUUGGCACCGCACCUGCAGCCGAACCCAUCGCAAACAUGAAUGCGAGUGGGCCACCGGCCAAAAAGCCAAAGGCCGCUGCAAAGAAGAAGGUGGAACGGGUGGUAAAGAAAGACCCGAAUCAGUUGUCAAUUUUUGAUUUGAUGAAACGAAACAACGCAAAAAAGUAGACGCUUGACUUGAAACAUAUAGAGACUCCACUGAAAUGAA